ACAUUGUUACUCUGUUCUCUGUUUUGCUACAACGCCUUCAGAAGAAGAGAAGCUUUUGACUAUUCGAGGGGGGGAGGUAGAACAGUAAGAAAGGUAAUAAGGUGUAUAGCUUAUUUUUUCUGCAGUGGUUGUAGGAUACUGGGACUUCAGUGGAAGUGUACGACCCAAAGGAAUUAAUUGGACACUACAGUAAUCAUGACCGAAGAAGUCCCAAUUGCAUCUAGCAUACUUGAGUACAAUGGGAAUGUACCACCUGAAAAAACUCAGCUGCAGGUCAUUGAUAUUAUUGAUGAAAUAGCAAAAUCUGUUGGGACAGUUCCAUGUGAAAAUGCAGAAACCAGUCUUGAAGCUCCACUUAAAAAGGAAAAUCAAGAGGAUAACAAGAAUUUAGUAGAGGACAACACAAUAUGUGGUGCUCUCGAUGGGGAGAAGCAAUGCGAAGAAAAACAAGAGGAAAACAAUGCAACUCUAGAGGAGGGAUCAGCUGACAUCCCUUCCGAGAACACAAGAACUGAUGAAGAAAAAUCAAGAGAAGGGCCCUGUGAGGAGAUUAUACCUGUAAGAACCAAAGAAUGUGAAAUAACUAGACAGGAGGAAAGGAACACAGAGCACCCUCAGGAAGAAACAGCUACUCGUGCUAAUGAGGCCAAGGAGUUCCAAACAGCAGGAGCCCAGGAAGAAGCGCGGAUGCUUGAACCCAAGGAGCAAAUUAAAGCUGAUACACAAUUAGAAAGAGAGAAUGUGGAAGAGGACGAGGAGAAGGAAGUGCAGCUGAUAGAAAGCAAGAAAGAAAAUGGUGGGGAGUCUCCUUUAAAGAAGCAAGAAAAUGACAGGGAGGAAUGCCCUCCUACCAGCCCCAGUUUUAACUUCCAGGCGGAGAAACCUGAGGAGCAGCCAGGCUCAGGGAAAAAAAAUGAUAUCUCCAGACAUAGUUAUUCUAGAUACAAUACAAUCUCCUAUCGCAAGAUCAGAAAAGGAAACACUAAACAAAGAAUUGAUGAAUUUGAGUCCAUGAUGCAUUUAUAAACUGAGGUGGGGAAUUUGCCUAAGCUAGAGUUCAUUUUGUUUUUUCAAGACGUAUCGCUUCAUGUCAUAUCAAGUCAUCAUUAUAUCCUUUUUGUAUGUAAUUUCAUAAUACACUGUGAAAAUUUAACCUCUGUAUUUCAUUUUGAAAUCAUACAGAAGCAUCCACAGGAGAAAAAUAAAAACAACAGUUUGCUAAAUAUAAUACAACCUGAUUUAAAGUUUAUCCAUCCCCAUCUCCCCCAUCCUUUUCUUGUAACAAGAUUCAGACACUAGAAAUUUUUGAACUAAUUGGAAAUUCUGUAGCUGCAUGCAGCAGAAAAUGACCCAUGCUAUUUGCCAUUCUGGUAAUUAGUUGGCAGCAGAACAGUUCCAGUAAAACUAGAGAGUGCAGUAACGAUAAUAAAAGAGACAACUGUUUGCAACAGCAAUGCUCUCUGUUUUGAAAUCUGUUUAUGUUGGUGUCUUACGGUGCACUAAAGCCGCCUUGUGCUAUCACCAGUCCGUUUCCACUUUGUGCUGUUGGAAUAAAGGGCUAAUUGCAUAAACAUGUAAAUAUAGAUUAACAGAAAAUAAGCACAUAAUGUUUCAUCUGACAAAGCAAUAAAUCCACAAAGGUUCCUCCUCUGGCCCCCACCCUGGUAGUGCUCCUUAAUAUAUAUCUUUAAUCUGGAAUGCACUGGUGUAAUUACAAACAGUUACAUCCAGCAUCUAAUACCAUUAGUAUCAUCUGAGGGCACCUCUUAAUUUUUGGGUCUGAAUGGCUGGCACUAUAUAUAAUUCAUUUUGUAAAUGUUGGCAUUUGCUGUUAAAAUGUUCAUGUUUCAAUUAAACUCAUUCUUGGGUUGAUAUAUUCUGAAUCUUUAGGAAACAGAGAAUAAUAUAUUACUUCAGAUCUGCACUAAAUGGUUUCAUUACAGUAAUAGUUAUUUUUGUUUCAGUCCAUAUAUUUUAGUUAAUAUGAUUAAGUUAAAUAUAAAAUGAAUACAAAAAAGUUAACAUAAUUUUACACUAUAUGAGAAUAUCUCCAGUAACUAAAAGCAGCUCCUUUUUGGCAAGUAUCUUUUCCCCUUUCCCAGAGCAUCACUUCGUAAUAAAAUUCCUUCCUUAGUAGCCUGUGUCAGCUGUAGCCAGAGUAUCAUCAGCUACUGUGGGAGGAGAUGUAAUUGUUUUCAAUUCAGAGCUUACAUGAAUUCAUUCUCUCUCUCUCUCUC